AUGCACAGAACAGAUAAUGCAGAGAAGGCACCAUUACUGCAGCAUAAGAAUGCAUUACAUUCACUCAGCCUUAGUAGCGAUGAUGCAAAUUACAAGGAAAAAGAUCUAGCAGGAAGAAUUAGUGUCAAGUAUGAACCAAAGAUGACCAUGUUUAGCCCACACAAGCUAGCAGUGGUGCUGUGUGUGUUGCUAGUUGAAAUGUGUGAAAGGAUGGCGUACUAUGGAGUCUCAGCAAACCUCAUUCUCUUCUGCACCAGUGUUUUAAACUACACCAGCAAUGAUGCAACCACCAUCAGCUUAGUUUUCUCUGGGACAGUGUACAUACUUCCUAUUGUUGGAGGUUACAUUGCAGAUUCUUGGUCCAGCAGAUUCAACGUUAUUUAUGCUGCAGGUCUUAUUUACCUAUGUGGCCUCUUUCUCCUGGUUUGUUGUGCUGUAGACUUUCAAGCGUUGUUUGAUGAUCCAAAGUAUGGCUUCGAAGUGAGUGAUCGUCGCAUCUUCUACAUUGUGGGGUUGGUGUUUAUUGCCUUUGGCACAGGUGGUAUUAAAGCCAAUGUUGGGAAUUUCGGAGCUCAACAAGUUGAAGAUUUAGGGCCUGAGGCAGUACAGACGUUUUUUAAUUGGUUUUAUUGGUUUGUGAAUGCUGGUGGUUUGGUUGCCUUUACCGCCAUUGCCUACGUUCAGCAAAAUAUCAGCUUCUCAUGGGGAUUCCUCAUACCUUUUAUCUGCAUGAUUCUGUCUCUUAUAUUUCUGCACAUUGCUAGAAACCAUUAUAUCAUCAAGGUUGGAGAAGGAAGUGUUUUGGGUACAACUUUCAAAAUCUGUGGCCAGGCCUUUUGUCGAGAAUCUCCACAAAUCAAUGGCAAGCGUAAAGUAUUUGACUCCGCUCGUAAAGAAUAUGGAGGUGAUUUUGACAGCGGGACUGUCAAUGGUGUCAUCACUAUUCUUGGCAUGCUGCCUGUUUUCUUUUUCAUUAUUAUGUUCUGGGCCAUUUAUUCACAGAUGCAGACAACAUAUUUUUUACAAGGUGAAAGGAUGGACUUGACUGCUGGAAGUGGGCAGGUACCUGUAGCAGUCCUGAAUGCAUUCAACACUGUGGCUGUUAUUGUUUUUAUCCCUAUUCUUGACAGAGCAGUCUACCCACUUUUUAGAUGGCUUGGUCGACCAUUAACACAUUUGCAAAGGAUUGGUGUUGGCUUUAUCCUGUCAGCAUGUUCAGUAUUCAUUGCUGGCUGGAUUGAGAUAGAGAGAAAGAAGAAGCUGGGAUUCUAUCAAGUCGUUGGCGAGGAGGAGUUCUUUGCUGCCAACAUGACUGUUUUCAUACAAGUACCUCAGUUUCUACUUAUAGGGACUGGGGAGGCAUUCACAAGCAUUGCAGGUUAUGAGUUUGCCUACACACAAGCACCAAAGAAUCUUCAGGGUGCAGUGAUGGGAAUAUUUGUGGCUACCAAUGGUCUUGGCAACUAUGUUAGCACUGCAAUCAUUUCUAUAAUUGAAGCAGCAACCAAAGAUGAUCCUUGGUUUCCGGAUGAAAUAAACGAAGGCAAAGUUGAAUACAUAUUCUUUGUUUUUGGAGGCCUGAUGAUCUUGUUUUUCCUCUGUUACCUCCCUAUAGCUCUUUGGUACAAAUACCGGGUGUUUGUGACAGACAAGGAAGCAAAGGUCAAGGCUGUUGACUCCACAGAUGGCUACAAUAGAUAUAAGAGACACUUUGACAGUGACAGCAUGACAGUUUUGUGA